CGCAAGUACACACAAAUUGUCCUUCUUUUGAUUGUCUCUUUUUCUAUACUGCUUGUGGUGGGCGUUCACGCAAGCAUCAUGCCUACCAUCAAAGCUGCCACGCUACUGGCUUGUUUGUCACUGCUUUCAUGUGCAACAGCACUGCCAAAGGAAAAUUGUUCGACGAAGAGCACGACAACCACAACAAAGCCCACUACAACGAGCUGCGCGAAAUCAUCUACUUCUGCCAGGGGUGGCUACCCUCCGAGCUACCCAACUGGCAGCGCUCCUGUUCCAUAUCCGACGCACGACGAGCCUGACACCUACCCCACUGAUGCGCCGCAAGAGGGUUAUCCUGGUAUCUGUCCGGAAAGGACUGUGACUUCGACCUACGGAGAAGUUGUCACCGUCACGGUCACGACUGAGUACCCAUAUGGCGAAGGUUGCACGUCCACCGAAACAGCUACUGGUGAUUGUCCUAGCACCACUGUCCUAGCCACCGAAACUGCUCCAGCCGCGACCAGUACUGUAACAGAGACUCCUCCUGUGGUCACUGUGAUUGACUCAACUGUCACGCCGCCAGUCGUGACCGUCACAACCACCCUUGCUGGCCCGAUCGAGAAGCGUGACUAUCCGACUUGGACUGGAGGUCGCACAAAGACGGUCACAGUAGGCGGCUAUGAAACCACGAAGACUGUGACCGACUACUAUGGAGGCGAGUGUGAAACGGUCACCGAACCCUUCAGUUGCGCCUCUCCAACGGCGACCAGCAUCACGACCGUGACUGCUGAGCCAUCAACAAUCACCUCAACUCUCGAGGCAUCAACUACUUCUGUGACAACCACGCUCACUCCAAGUACUGUAACUGCAACCGCAAUUCCAACAGCCACGGUCAAUGUCCUUCGCGCAACCGGAGUGGUGUCAAUAGACCCCGAAGACGAAGCAGAAAAUGCCAUCGUGAACAGCAACAACAUGUACGCGCGCCUCGUGCUCAUUCCCGGCACCGCUGAAAGAGGCCGAGACCGCCUCAUAACCUUUGACGUCGCCCCAACAUCGCCCGAACUUGCUUCCCAGUUCACUCUCACAGGAACCGACCUCCGCGGCACAGCCAACGACGGCGAAGUCUUAGACUGGAUCGCAAACACAUAUUACUACGACAUCAGCAACAUCAUGUACUUUUCCUCCUCUGCCGAUCCGUCCGAUGCGACAUAUGGCUACCCAGCCAUGACAUGCUCAGUCGCUCCAGACACGAAUUUACUAUCCUGCUUCAACGGCGAUCCGACAGAAGGACGGGACUUUUCAUUCAAGGAUAAAUUCACACUAUGUACGGGUGGUGGUUACUCCGGAUUCAACCCGAAUGGAAAUCUUUACAUCACUGUUGAUCCGGAAGGACAGGCUUGUACACCUGUAACGAUCUACUUUGAGCAGGUGAUUUUGAAUCAGAUUAUUCCGCCUACGCCGACGCCAUCGGGUGGGAAUGAGGAAACGCCGACUGAGGGUGGACAGCCGCCUGAGAUUUCGUAGAGUCGAAUAUUGAAGGCGGGGAUGUGAACUGCGCCGAUCUGCUAGAUCCGGCGACAAUAAUGCAGCAGUCAGUAUGGCAGGCAAUCGAGUCACGGCGCGAGCAGAACUGGGCAUAAGUGGCAAAGCCAGCAGUAAAGCCACUCGAGAUUUGUCGUCUCUGAUAUGAAAAAUAGAUGGCGCGAUCAAUAUUUGAUUCCCGCUAUAUCCAUAGUGUGCAGUCUUUCCAGUGGUUUGGUAUCCAUUACAAGUUCAGCUAAUGUACUAUUGGUUUCAUGGACGUUCUUCUUCGCUGUUUCGAGGCGCCUGAGGUAAGCCAAGCCAAGCACGACUGUUGCGCGAUUUCCAGACCUGCCUCAAAGACCGAGAGAUGCAGUGACAGAGUCCUGACCAAGCGUGGAGCGCCGGUAUGGUGAUUUGGCAACCUGAUCCCAGCUCGCAGUCCGAAACGUAGCCUGGGUACUGAGACAUCCACGCGUACGUCUUGGGAACGCGGCCGCGCAGCCAGAAAAUCAGACACCGGCCUCUUCUGGCUUCACAUCCAGAUUCCAGUCAAUCACACCUUCCUCGCCAUACCUCUCCCUCAACCACUUGUUCGCGGCCUUGAAAUGCCCACAUUCCAGAAAUCCCUUGUGCGCAGACAAGGGACUUGGGUGCACGCUUUUCAGCACCAGAUGCUUCGAACUAUUGAUUGCCUUGCAACGCUCUUGCGCCGGCUUUCCCCAAGCGAGGAAUACGACUCCGCGAGUCCGCCGCUUGGCAACCUCGUCGAUGACUUUCUGCGUGAAUCUCUCCCAGCCCUUCUUCGAGUGACUGUUGGCUUCGUGCGCGCGAACAGUGAGGCAAGUGUUCAACAUCAGAACACCACGAUCGGCCCACGGCGUGAGAAGUCCGCCAUUCUUCGGCGGGGGAGUGAAAUCCGGGUAGUCCUUCUUCAAUGCAAUGUACAUAUUCUUCAAACUCGGCGGGGCCGGUAUCGGUGGACGGACAGAAAAGCAAAGUCCGUGUGCCUGAUUGAUGUUGUGGUAAGGAUCCUGGCCUAAGAUGACAGCUUUCACACUCUGUAAAGGAGUAUGUCUUGACCUGUUGAGAGGUCAGAAAUCUGGGUCUUGCUCGUUCGUUCCCCGCUCAGCCAAAGUGCUGACUGUAGGGUAUGUGUGUGUAAUGGUAAUACCAGCUGUAGACAUCUUCGCUCGGUGGAAAGACCUUCUUUCCCGACUCGACUUCUUGUUUGAGAAAUCUCUUCAGAUCCAGGAACUCUUUGCUUGUGACUUCGUCCUUUAGCACGCCUAGCCAGCUCUCGUGAAGCGUUUCGAUCUCGAGCUUGAGGAGUGAUUUUUGCUCGUCGGUGAGCUUUGCUAGCCAGGCUUCUUUGUCGAAUUUCGCGUCUACCGUCGCCGGGGCUGUGGCAGAUGUGCUCGGAUGGUCUGGGUUGGUGGAGGAUGUUGCGCCAUUGGGUUUGGGCUGGCCGAAGAACGCGGUGAUGGAGCCAUUGGCCUUGGGUUUCUUGACGGCAUCGAUGGCCGCGUCGGCUGCUUUUCGCUUGAGGGCCAUGCUGUGUGCUCUUGUGGCUGAUCUGCUGUGUGACGGUGGUGAGAUGGAAGACUGGACGCGUCUUGGUCG